AUGACAGACAAUUAUCGCUCAUAUCAGAUGCUAUUCAUAUAUUGGCUUAUUCUAGCUAAUCAAUUGGUAGCACAAGCGCUUCUUGUGCCAGGACACAAAGUCCCAUUUCCUCGUGUUAGAGCUUUGGCUUCAAACAGAAGCACGCUUAGACCACUAUCAAAUUUGGCGGAUGAUAGUCAGAUUGUUGGUCAGUUUUCAUUCCGAAGUAUCUUGAAAUACUUCCGAGGAGAAGACAAUGACGAUGACUGUGAAGACGACAGUGAAGAAGAAGAGCUUGGUACUUAUGAACUUGAAAAUAGCGAAUCAGAUGUAGAAAGUGAAUCUGAUAAUGAACCAGAGACAGUUGAAGAAUGGUACUACAGCGAUUCAGAAGAGGAAACUGACGAUGAUUCCGCAGAUGGAUUUAUCAGAUUCAAAUAUUAUUCCAUACCAAACGGAACCACACACAAUAGUACUGAAAAGGUAGUUCCCAUUUCUUCUGUCAACAAUACCCCAGAGAAGAAAAUGCCUUCAAUAAAGAAAGAUAAGUUUCCUUACAAGGAUCGAAACAAUAUCUACAAUUUCCUUAACAGGACAUCUGAUGACGAGAUCAUAAGCGCGGCAAAGAAUUUCACAGGAAAUCUUCUCGGUACGAAGAUGUUUAGAAAAGUAGUUUCUGGGUUGAAUACACUAGUAUCGAAAGGUCUCAAUCGUGCCACAAAGAAAAUGAAUGACACCGAAAUCGAAGACUGGGUUGCGUUGUAUAAUAUUGUCUUGAAUUCUGAGCCCACGAAGGCGAUUUCACAUCUUGUUCUGGAUGAGAAGUCGAAGCUGUUAAUUAAGAAUGCUGUAUACGACUCUCUCUCCUACGCACACAAGAAGGCUCAGAGCAUGAACAUGACUCAGAUUAAGCUUGGGUAUAAGACUAUCGUUGAUGGCUCCAUUGGAAAUGAGCAAUGGCCAAGAGGAAUCGAAUAUGAAUGA